AUGUCUGAAUCAGAAGUUGCACCUUAUGGAGGAUAUCUUGUUAAAACUCUUGAUGAAGAAAAGGAAAGAGAGGAAUUAUUAAAACAACAAUCAAUUGACAUAAAUGUCAAUGGUCAUCCAGAAAUAAUUAGACCAGAGGCGUUACAUCUUCAAGGAGUUGAUAGUUUGUCUACUGAUGAUAUCAAAAGUUAUAUUGACUACUAUUUGAAUUAUAGUCAUGUUGUCGAUGAUACCGAUGAUGAAGGUAUCCAUAAGGUAGUCUAUCAACAACUCCCAAUAGAUGAACAAUUAAUAUAUAAAGUUGAAUGGAUUAAUGAUUCACUGGUCAAUAUUAGAUUUCAAACUCAUAAAGAUUGUUCAAAAGCAUUAAAAGGUUUAUCAAUUAUUCCUUCUAAUCCAAAUAUAGAAACUCUGGAAAAACAAUUAGAAAGUCUUGAUGAUCAUACAUAUGUUUCAAGUAUUAUACAACAACGGGAAGGUAAACCAUACAAUCCCAUUAUUCGAUUUCGUAAACAGCAAAACCUUUUGAAUAGAUUAGGUCUUGAAGCUGAGCAAGCAAAAGAACAAUUUGAAAGUGGUGAUAUGGAGGAGGAUGAGUCAUCUGUGGUUAUUUAUUUGAGACAAGCUUUCCAACUGGACCGAAAGGUGAAGAAUGCUUCUCAAUAUUCCCGAUAUUAUUUAAUUCAUGGUGAACCUGAAAGAAAGCCAUACAAGCCAAGGCAUAAAAGAAGAGAUCGUCCAAGUAGUAACAGACAAAAUCAAUCUAAGGAACAACAUGAAGAAAAUGAUGAUCAAGAUUUAUUUGCGGGACGAUUGGCACAGGUUGGUAGUAGAAGAUCUCGUGAGUCCUCUUCCCAACCAACAGAUGAUGAUGACCUCUUUGCACAUAAAAUGAAAAAUAGAGAGAGGUCGAGAUCACCAAUGAGAAUUGAUAAUGAUCAUAAUGAUACUUAUAGAGAACGUUAA